UAGAUCAACUCAAUCCGCCACCGCGCUUUCAAUAAAGUUUUUGUUAAAUGAACUUGAAUCAUUUGCACAGCUCGGUUGAGCUCUCAAUCUAACUUUCGCAUGGCGUUUCUGAGUUUAUCUUCCCUGCUGAUAUUCCUCCUCGUCGUGUCGGCUUUGCCUUUACUGUGUUUAUCUUCUUCCUCGAAUAAUUUAUUGUCUCUGUCGGUGGAAAAUCCAGAACAUGUGAUCAAAUCAAGAAACGGCAGUUUCACUGCUGGCUUCUAUGACGUCGGUGAGAAUGCUUUUGCUUUCGCUAUCUGGUUCACUGAACCUCAAGGCCAAAACUUGACUGUGAUUUGGAUGGCGAAUCGUGACGUACUGGUGAACGGAAAGGGCUCAACGCUUGCCCUCCGUAGCAAUGGAAAUCUGGUGUUGAACGAUGCCGGUCAGGUUGAUGUUUGGGCUACGAACACGACAUCGUCUAAACCUCCACAAUUGAUUCUGAACGAUGAUGGUAAUCUUGUUCUUCUUGAACCCCCUAAUCAUAUUGUGUGGCAAAGUUUUGAUUUUCCAACAGACACGCUAGUUCCCGGACAAAGGCUCACCAGACAUGCUAGUCUUGUCUCCUCCAAAAGUCAUACAAACCCAUCCUCUGGUUUUCAUAAGUUAUUUUUUGACAAUGAUAAUGUUCUUCGUCUUGUCUACGAUGGCCCUGAGCUUUCGAGUAUUUACUGGCCACCUCCCUGGUUUCAACCAUGGCAAGUUGGUAGGUCCACCUUCAACGCAAGUCGCUUUAUGUUUCUCGGUUUGUACGGUGAUUUCAUUUCAACUGAUAACUUUACCAGCGAGACAUCAGACUAUGGCCUUGUGCUUCAGAGACGAUUAACCAUUGAUAGUGAUGGAAAUGUCAGGGUCUAUAGUCGAAGAAAUUGGGAAGAGAAAUGGUCUGUUUCAUGGCAAGCUUUUUCUGCAGGUUGCAACAUUCAUGGAAUCUGUGGAGAAAACAGUUUUUGUAAAUAUGAACCUUAUUCUGGUCGAACAUGCUUAUGUCUUCCAGGUUACAGGUUCAAGGAUGAAACCGAUCCGUCACUUGGGUGUGAACCAGAGUUCAAUUUGUCUUGCAAUAACCCAGAAGAUUCUCGCUUUCUUUAUAUACCUAAUGGCGAUUUCUACGGGUACGACCAAGGGACUUACCUUAACAUUACAUUUGAUGAAUGCAAGAAUGAAUGCUUGAAGUUAUGUAAUUGCAAUGGCUUUCAAUAUACACAUGACGGUGCACAAUUUCUUUGCUACCCAAAGACCCUUUUGGUCAAUGGCAAUCUUUCCCCUGCUUUCAGAGGAGGUUUUCACUUGAGACUCCCUAAUUCGAGCUCAUUCACUCUUCAAGAACCCAACACCAAGUGUGAUCUUGUUAAGUCUGUAAAGCUUGAGAGAGUCUAUGUCUCAAGACAAGACAGUGUUUUAGUGAAGGUCUUAUUGUGGUUAGCCAUAGCAAUUGGAGUCUUUGAACUUUCAUGCGUCUUUCUCUUUUGGUGUCUUACGUGGAAAAAUUAUAGUGAGCAACAGAAUUAUGAUCAUCUUACUGGAACUGGGUUCAGAAAAUAUAGCUACUCAGAGUUGAAAGAAGCAACAAGAGGCUUUAAUGAAGAGAUUGGAAGAGGCGCCGGAGGAAUCGUAUACAAGGGUGUGUUAAAAGAUGGACGAGUCGCUGCAAUCAAGAGACUCAACGAAGCAAACCAAAUAGAAAGUGAGUUUCUUGCAGAAGUCAACUUAAUUGGAAGACUUAACCACAUGAACUUGAUCGACAUGUGGGGCUAUUGUGCUGAAGGAAAGUACAGAAUGUUGGUGUACGAGUACAUGGAAAAUGGUUCUUUAGCAGAAAACCUUGAAUCCGACAAGAUGUUACUUGAUUGGAGAAAGAGGUAUGAUAUCGCUCUAGGAACAGCAAGAGGUCUUGCGUAUCUCCACGAAGAAUGCUUGGAGUGGGUUCUGCAUUGCGAUAUAAAACCUCAAAACAUACUUCUGGAUUCAGAUUACAAACCCAAGGUUGCAGAUUUUGGACUGUCAAAGCUGCAAAACAGGAACGACCUGAACAAUCCAAGCUUCUCAAGGAUCAGAGGAACAAGAGGAUAUAUGGCACCAGAGUGGGUAUUCAACUUACCAAUAACAUCCAAAGUUGAUGUUUACAGCUAUGGAAUUGUGGUGUUGGAAAUGAUAACAGGAAAAAGCUUGAGGGUUGAUGGACCAGAUCACACACAUCAGGGGAGGCUAGUGACAUGGGUGAGGGAGAAGAAGAACAAAGGAGAAGGAAAGGCGUGGGUGGAACAAGUCAUUGAUCCGACAGUUGAGGGAAGCUUUGAGAUGAAGACGAUGGAGGUUUUGGUUACAGUAGCGUUGCAGUGUAUAGUGGAAGAUAAGGAUGCAAGACCUUCAAUGAGCCGUGUAGUGGAAAUGCUUCAAAGUCAUAGCAUUGACCUUGUGUCUGAGUCUGAGUGAUAUGUACUGUAUAUGCUACAGUAUCAUUGUUCCCCCCACCUUGUGUCUGAGUCUGCGUUUAGUUUUCAGUCUCAUUUAUAAUGAAAUUUAUAUUUAAAUA